CGCUCCGCGCAGUUUCCGGUUGGCGGCGGCGCUGUGUCCGGUGCUGUGCCGUGAGAGCUGCAGAGCGUGCGGUCUACCCCGACGACAUGUUGUCCCGUUCCCGCAGUCUCACCUGGAGCCUCGGGCGCUCGAUCAGCGCCCUGCGGCAGGGUAACGGUGUUCUCGCCAGACGAGCCGCUUCAGGUAUAUCAGCGAGUCAGUGUGCCACCUUCAAGAACAGCCCGAGGUGUGAGACCCGGUCGAGCGUCUAUCAGAUCAGAUACUUCAACACCUCCACCGCUCACAGGAAUGAAGUCAUUACGGUGAAAACGCCAGCGUUUGCUGAGUCUGUCACAGAGGGAGACGUCAGGUGGGAGAAAGCUGUUGGAGACGCCGUCUCUGAAGAUGAGGUUGUCUGUGAAAUCGAGACGGAUAAGACGUCGGUGCAGGUUCCUUCUCCAGCUGCAGGAGUCAUCGAGGAGCUGCUGGUUCCUGACGGGGGCAAAGUGGAAGGAGGAACCCCUCUGUUCAGACUCAAGAAAGGAGCUGGAGCUGCUAAGACGACGCCAGCACCUCCUCCUCCUGCAGCAGAGACUGCUCCUCCUCCUCCUCCUCCUCCCGCUGCUCCCGCUGGAGGACCCAUCCCCAGCACCAUGCCCCCGGUCCCCCCCGUGCCGGCCCAGCCCAUCCAGUCCAAACCAGUCUCUGCCAUCAAACCCACUGCUGCUCCUCCUCCUGCUGCUGACGCCGGAGCCAAAGCCGCCCGAUCCGAGCACAGGGUGAAGAUGAACCGCAUGAGACAGCGGAUCGCUCAGCGGCUGAAGGAAGCGCAGAACACCUGUGCCAUGCUAACAACCUUCAAUGAAGUUGAUAUGAGCAACAUCACAGAGAUGAGGAAACAGUAUAAAGAUGCUUUCCUGAAGAAACAUGGCAUCAAACUGGGCUUUAUGUCUGCGUUUGUGAAAGCGGCCGCCUACGCUCUGACAGACCAGCCUGCUGUUAACGCUGUCAUUGAUGACACCACCAAAGAGAUUGUGUAUCGGGAUUAUGUGGAUAUCAGCGUGGCAGUCGCUACACCAAAGGGUCUCGUGGUUCCUGUGAUCAGAGGAGUGGAGGGAAUGAACUUCACAGACAUCGAGAAGAGCAUUAACGAGCUGGGAGAGAAGGCUCGUAAGAACGAGCUGGCCGUGGAGGACAUGGACGGAGGCACCUUCACCAUCAGCAACGGAGGAGUGUUCGGCUCCAUGUUUGGGACGCCCAUCAUCAACCCGCCUCAGUCGGCCAUUCUGGGCAUGCAUGGCAUCUUUGACCGGCCCGUGGCCAUCGCUGGGAAGGUGGAGGUCCGGCCCAUGAUGUACGUGGCUCUGACAUACGACCACCGUUUGAUCGACGGCAGAGAGGCCGUGACCUUCCUCAGAAAGAUCAAAUCGGUGGUGGAGGACCCUCGGGUGCUGCUGCUGGACAUGUGAACGCCCACCCAACAGGUUCAUCUCACACAGGAUGGUUACGACCCACAAACCCCAUCUGUACACUAGGGACGGAGGCGUCAGGAUUUGCAUCGAUUAGCUUCAUGUUGAGUUGUUUUACCAUGUAUACGUCCGCUGGGUUUUCACUGUUUUGCUGAGGAAAGCGGUCCUGUCAUUGUAUGUACAAAUCAGCGCACAAAACAUGCCCCGUGCAAUUAUUUGUUUCUAAAUGGAGAAGAAAUGAUAGUAAUAUACAGUAUGUGAUAUAUUUAAUCUCAUGGGUGUAAAGUGAUUGGAGCCGCCGAGCAGAAACACUAUGUUCCCGUGAGUCGCAGGUGUUUGACCUCGACGCGUCCCACACAACUCCAGACCAUCAGAUCCUGUCUGCCGGUGUAAAAAAAAAACAAAACUAUGAGAUUUUAAAAAAUAAAAUCAAUGAAAUGUU